ACCAGCAUCCGUCAUCAGCUGCCCCUCACACGUCGCCAGCAUGCGUCACUUCGUGGUCUUGGCCGCUCUGGUGUUGGCUGUCUGCGUCCUGGCCCCGUCACACGCCCAGCGGCCCUAUGGCGGCUAUGGUGGUGGCUUUAAAGGCGGUAUCAAGGGCGGAGGCUUUAAAGGAGGCAGCGGAGGUGGGUUUGGAGGCGGCGGCAGUGGCGACAAAUUAAUUGGCAAGCCCGGUGGCGGUGGCGGCGGUGGUGGUUUUGGAGGUGGUGGUGGCAUUGGAGGCGGUGGUAAAGACCACAUUGGAGGCGGCGGUGGCGGCAUUGGAGGCGGUGGCGGCGUUGGAGGCGGCGGCGGCGGUAAGAUUGAAGGCGGAGGUGGUGGUGAAUACAACAUUGGAGGUGGCGGUGGCGGCGUUGGAGGCGGUGGCGGCCUCUUAGGCGGCGGCUACGGUGAGAUUGUAGGUGGCGGUGGUGAAUACAACAUUGGAGGUGGCGGUGGUGGCGUUGGAGGCGGUGGCGGCCUCUUAGGCGGCGGCUACGGUGAGAUUGUAGGCGGCGGUGGUAAAUACAACAUUGGAGGCGGCGGUGGCGGCCUUGGAGGCGGUGGCGGCCUUGGAGGCCGCGGCGGCGGCCGCUUUCGAGGCCGCCGUGACAUUUGAGGUGGCGGUGGCGGCGUUGGAGGCGGUGGCGGCAUUGGAGGCGGCGGCGGCUACGGUGGAAGCAAAGGUGGUGGAGGUGGAAGAAAAGGCUACGGAAGGUAAACUACUCCAACUUUACCGCGUACUCUACCCUCCACAGGACCAAGUUUACACUACUAUAUUCCAGGAAAAGAAACAGUUCAGAGAUUUACUUGAGAACCACAACAGCCUUGCGGAUCACAGAUGCCCAAACCUGCUCUACAGCGCCUGAUUAUAUUUUAACUGUCUUCAAAUACUUCAUCACAUAACUUGUCACUCAGUAAAAUAUAUCCAAAAUGUUAUUUUUAAAUUUUUGAUAAAAAAUAUCAGAUGUGCUUUCUUUGUUUCUAUUUGUUUUAGCUUCCAAUAAUUUUUUUAAUUUGUUAUAAUGUAGUAUUGCAAUGUGUGAAAAUAAACUUUUACGGCACUGAA